CGCAUAACAUUCACACCUCCUUCGCGGCACAUCGCUUUCAUCGGCGAUUACACCCAGAUCUCCAACUUUCGUGUCUUCUACGACUUCUCGAAGCACCCCUUCGGCGGCAUAUCGACGCAGCAGCAGGACCAGCAGCGCAUUGGAAAGGUUUCUCAUGCCUGCCACUACCACCACAUCGAGGUGCACUCACUCCAAGUGGAAUGGACGUUGUUGCGAAGCGCUCAGCACCCCUUCCCCUCCACCGGUGCAAGCACGGGCUCUGUCAACGCAGCUCGGACUGUCUUUUGGCUCUGCGCCGCCACCAUAACCGCAUCAAGGGGAAGUGUCGCGGCGUAG